AUGGGCAACUGGCUGGUCAACCACUGGUUCUCGGCCACAGUCCUGGUGACCUGGCUGGGCAUCAACAUCUUCCUCUUCACGUACUACUUUCUGUUCUUCGACCGGGACGAGCGGUACUUCUACACCAGGGCCAUCCUCGGGUCCGCCUUGGCGUGGGCACGAGCAUCAGCCAAGUGCCUCAACUUCAACAGCAUGCUGAUCCUGCUGCCCGUCUGCCGCAACCUCCUCUCCUUCCUCCGCGGGACCUGCUCGUGCUGCAGGCGGACGCUGCGCAAGCAGCUGGACCACAACCUCACCUUCCACAAGCUGGUGGCCUACACGCUGGCCCUGCUCACAGCCGUGCACACCAUUGCUCACCUCUUCAACCUGGAGCGCUACAACCACAGCCAACAAGCCACCGACGGCAGCCUCGCCGCUGUCCUCUCCAAGAUACACCUGCAGAGCAGAGACAAGUGGCUGAACCCCAUCCACUCCAACCAGACGACCGUUGAGUACGUGGCCUUCACCACCAUCCCGGGGCUGACGGGGGUCAUCAUCACGCUGGCGCUCAUCCUCAUGGUCACAUCCUCCACCGAGUUCAUCCGCAGGAACUACUUUGAGGUCUUCUGGUACACGCACCACCUCUUCCUCAUCUACUUCGCCGGCCUCGUCAUCCACGGCAUCGCAGGGCUGGUGCGCGGGCAGACGGAGGAGAGCAUGGAGGAGGUGCACCCCCAUCGCUGCGCCCACUACCUCGUGCACAAGGAUGAGGACUGCAGCCACGACUGCUGCAAAGUCCCUGAGUUCGGGAGCAUCCCCGCUGAGUCCUGGAAGUGGGUUCUGGCCCCCGUCCUCCUCUACAUCUUUGAACGGAUCCUCCGGAUCUGGCGUGCGCAGCAGAAGGUGGUUGUCACCAAGGUGGUCAUGCACCCUGCCCGCGUGCUGGAGCUGCAGAUGCAGAAGAAGGGCUUCCGCAUGGAGGUGGGGCAGUACAUCUUCGUCAACUGCCCCGCCAUCUCCCUGCUGGAGUGGCACCCCUUCACCCUCACCUCGGCACCCGAGGAGGACUUCUUCUCCAUCCACAUCCGUGCGGCCGGUGACUGGACGGAGCGUCUCAUCGACACCUUCCAGCAGCAGAAGCCGGAGAUGCCCAGGAUCGAGGUGGAUGGCCCCUUCGGCACGGCCAGCGAAGACGUGUUCCAGUACGAGGUGGCCAUGCUGGUGGGAGCGGGCAUUGGCGUCACCCCCUUCGCCUCCAUCCUGAAGUCCAUCUGGUACAAGUUCCAGCAGGCUGACCAGACCCUCAAGACCAAGAAGAUCUAUUUCUACUGGCUCUGCCGGGACACGGGAGCCUUCGCCUGGUUCAACGACCUGCUUGCCUCGCUGGAGCAGAAGAUGGCCGAGUCGGGCAAGGCAGACUUUCUCACCUACCGUCUCUUCCUCACUGGCUGGGACACCAGCAUUGCCAACAACGUGGCACUCCGCUUCGACACCGCUACGGACACGGUGACGGGCCUCAGGCACAAAACCAUUUUUGGGCGACCCAUGUGGAACAACGAGUUUGCGGCGGUGGCUGCAGCCCACCCCAGGUCAGUGGUCGGCGUGUUCCUCUGCGGGCCGGGGGCCUUGGCAAAGAGCCUGCAGAAGUCUUGCCACCAGCACUCCAGCCUGGACCCCAGGAAGGUCCAAUUCUACUUCAACAAGGAGAACUUCUAA